AUGCACAAGAACCUAUCACCAAGUGAGCUGAAGAAGAGGAGGAACAAAGAGAAGAAAGAGAAGAAGUUGGCAGCUCAGAAGGCAGCUGCAGCUGCAUCCAAGCAGGAUAGAAGACCUCAGCAAAAUCACGAGGGUGGGACAGGAGAUGCAGACAAGCCAAAGCAGGAUGAUCUGGACCCUCAAAAACUUGCCAGUGAUUUUUUUUCCCCUUUGAAAACAAAGUUGCUGGAUUUGCAGGGAGAAGAUCCAUUGUCUCAAGCAGUGAAGUUCCUCAUACCUCUCCAGCAACUGUCGCCAAAUCAAAUGAAUACUCACACUCUGGCCUUUGAGAUAUUCUUCCGAAAAAAGAAACCCUUGUUGAUGCUGCAAAGCCUGAAGCGAGGAUACCGGAUGGACCCCAACCACCCAGGGCUUCAUUCGUGUCUGAUUCGCUUCUGUCAGCUGGCCAAGGAACAGAUGGAAACAUGGCCUGAACCCAUGCAGCAUGUUGUCAGCAAAGAGACAGAGUUCAUAUUUUGUGGGAAGUCAGCCCAUGACCUCAAUGAGGAGUUCAUCAAGACCCAUCAUAACUCACUGUCUCAUCUGAUUGAAGGUCAGGAGAGAAUCCUGAAUGGUCAAGAGAUUGCCAGGAUUAGUGCCAAGAUGUUGUUUCAUCUAGAUAGAUCACAGCACUCCAGAGCUUGGAAAAUGGUCACAUCACUGCAGACAGAGGGACUUCAAAAUAUCACUUUACCUAACUGUGAAAGGAUCUUAGAAGAAAUGAAAGUGGGAAGCUUUGGGAAGUGUGAUCCCGAGGAGUUGAGAACAUUCAGUGAACAGUGUAAUCAACUGUUCCCACUCAGUGAGGCCUUCCGACUCUCGUCCCCCACCCCUGUGACUGUGAAUCAUGUAGACGAAAACUGCAUUCAUGAGAAUUGCAUCGACAGUUCUCCACUCUCUUGAAAUCUUGUCUUGCAAAAAAAAAAGAAAAACUGAUGGGAAAAAAAGAACGAAGAGGAAAGGUUGGACUUCCAUAUCAAGAUUGGGAGCAGUCUCUCAUCCUGUGUGCCUUUCUCUUUUACUUAAAACUCUAUCCCUUCCAUUCUCAAACCCCUCAUCUUUGCUUCUCUAUGGUGGUUUUUUCUUUUUUCUCCUUCAAAUCUUAUAACUGAAGCAAGAGGGACUGCCAUGCUUGAGUCAACACCUUUAUUUAUCAUCUUUUUUGAGAAGGGAGUGACAUCAGGCAUUUCUGUCUGAUCAGCCCUUCUAAGAGUACACAUCCAGGUCAACAGGUCUUUUUUUCUAUAAUAUACUUGCUUGAUAAAGUCUCAUAGCACUUGGAAUUAGAAUUAUUUUGGAAGUCCCUCAUUUUUUUGUUAUCCCUCUGAUGCUUUUUUCCUUUCAGUUUCUUUUCUUCCUUCUGAUGUGAAGGAGCUUUAGUGAAGAUUUGAGGAUUAUGUAACUGUGAUUGGUCUGCUGUUAUGUUGGCUUUUUCUUUUCUUUUCUCUUGUGAGACAGAGAAGCCCCACCAUGCAUCAUUUGGAUUCUGGAAUCAGCAACUGUGGUCUGUCUCCAAAUACAACUGCUGUUGCCUAGUUCCUAACAUGUUUUGUCAUCUAAUAUUCUCAGAAAGCCUUCUUUUUUUUGGCUUUGUGAAAGAUGAUCAAAAUAUAAUGCAUGAACAUGCAUUGAUGAACCAGUUCACUGUAAGCUGAGACUGACAUCCAUGGUAGAAACCUGCAUGAGACUUCAUUGAAGAAUGAGGAACUUCACCUUCAGCUUCUAGAUACAGGGGCAGAUCCGUGAAGAGGGGAGGGAAGUGCAAGGCAAUGUCACAGAGAUUUCCUCUAUCCUCCUACCCUCAGUUUUCAGUACCAUUAACCCUCUCCUGC